UAUGUGAUCUGAUGUAUUACUUCAUAUCAUAUCAUCAUGGAAUACUGUAGCCCCAGUGUGCGCCAUGGUACCAUAAAUAAGACAUUUAAGGCUCUUAAUGACGCCCCUCAUGUCAUGAUUGACAUGGUCAUGACAUGGCGGAGAUGUGCGUCGUCCGCUGAACUAAAAAAAAUAAAAAAUAAAUUUAAAAAACUCAUGGUUCAUUUAUAUAAAUGUCAUGGGUCGUCACAUUUAAAUUCAACCAAUUGAAUUGAAUUGGGACAGUUUAAAGGAAAAUUCCACUCUGCUGGUUCGACAAGUUGCACAAGCCCCAUUUGCGCAAUGACUUCCUUAUGUCCAAAAAUAACUUAAAUAUAGCCGAUGCGUCGCCCGCCUGUGCUGAAGCAUAUGAAUGCGCUGGUGUUUCUUGAGGCCACCUGAAGGAUGCGCGGCUCACUCACUGUGUUAUUUAUACUGGGUUAAACCACUUGGUGGCAGACCUGCGCUUUGUUGAGCACCGCCUCUGUAAAUCCAGUUUUCCAAAAACAUGCUGGCAGUUAAAUCUCCAUUUCACAUGGUGGGCAUAUUUCAUGGAAGCUGGGCUUUAAAUCAUACACAGGGUCUGCCUUCAAAGAAAUGCUGAAUUUAUAGAUACCACAUGAACUAUAGCUUAUGUGGUAUCUAUAAACUGGGCAACUGAAUUUGCAAAGAUAAGUUUGUGAAAAAAAAAAGUGUAAAAUGAUCAGUGGUGCCACUUUAUAAUAAUAAUAAUAAUAAUAGUAAUAAUAAUAAUUAUUAUAAUGUGUUCACAAGUUUAAAGUAAUUGUUAAUUACAGUUCCUUAUAUCAAAUAAGAUUCAGAAAACCAUUUAGGUCACUAUGUUGCUGUUUGAACAUAACCUCCACCAGCCUGAUAUAAUCUGGUUUGAUUUGCUCUCCAGUUUGUUAUUAUGGAGCCGUAGAAACAUUUACAUCUGAAGAUUCAUUUCUGUGAGAACCGUCUAUUCUACGUUUUAUUAUAAUUAGAAUUAUUGAUGACAUAUUUGUAAGUAUGAAACUCUGGUGCCUUUUUAAUGUUUUUGAUUCAACAGUAGAGCAACAUGAGUGUGCAUGUGUGAGCCCAGAUCGGGGUCAGUUGUUCAUGUUCGACAGCUUCUCCCCUCGCGCUGCCAGUGAAACCACCUGAGCUGCUUCAGCCAGACAGGUUUUUCACAACCAGUGCCAAAUUCAUUCAUUAUCUGUGUUUAAUCUGUGAUUGCAAAAAUGUUACACUGGUUAUAUGCAAGUCACUAUUUCUACGGUGAAAACGAAGAUUUAAAUACUCGUAACAUAGAGGGAAACUCUCACCUGUCUUACUUGUUCAUGUGCCGCACUUGUAUAUGAAUGAUCCAACAACUCCAAUAAUUAAACUAAAUAAUAAAAACUGUCAGAGUGAGACCUGUAAAGCCGAUCAAUCCAAACCAAACAUAUUGCACAGUGCUGUGUGGAGAUAUGAGGCCAUACGCAUAGAGCAAGUAAACAUAUAAGAAAGAUCAAAAUAGCACACAGUGGUUUUAUUCACAGUAAAAAAAAAAAAUAAAAGUGUUACUUUAUGUGCAUUGUCAUACAUUUACGUCUAAUACACAAUUGUGAUAUGUCGGUAUAUGUUGUCAUCUCCAGUUUUCUAUGGAAAAAAUAUAUAGUAUAGUAUAAAGUAUAAACUCUUCUCGUCAACUACAUUUUGAGGUUUAACUGUGAAUUCGUCUUGAAAAAAACAUUUCCUGUGGGGUUCAGUGUGUGUGUGUGUGUGUGUGUGUGUGUGUGUGUGUGUGUGCAUGUGCUCAAGAGCCUUAGAGAGAGGGAGACUGUGUGUCAGACCGAGAGAGAGCCCUGGUUCUGCUGCUCUCAAUCUUUUGUGUCUUAUUGAACAGGUAGCUCGCUGUAAUUUGUUUAUCGUCUAGAGGACACGUUCACAACUUUGACAUAUACAACAGAAAGAUCGAAGACACGAAAAGACGGUGGCCGUCCCAAAACAAUGGAUGUUCAUGUCGUGCUCGUCGUCUUCCUCAUGUUCGCAGGAACCGUAAAGGCAGAAGGAGGAGUAACAUUCUGGGGGAACAUGGUAAAACUGACCUGUCCAGGCAGAGGGAUGUUUUACAAAGACAACGUAAAGGUCAAUGUAUCCAGGCCAGGUGAAUAUGAAUUCGACUAUAAAGGCAAAGUCACAUACAGCUGUGUUUACGAAAUGACGGAUAGCAAUGAACAAAAACAUCGUGUAAGAUAUCUAUUCUACGUGAAGGCAAAGACUUGUGAGAACUGCUUUGAGCUGGAUGCUGUUUUAUUUGCGGUGGCCAUCGUUGGCGACUUGAUCUUUACAUCAGUUAUAAUGAUAGCAAUCUACAAGUGCACCAAGAAGAAAAACCCAGCAGCAUCUAAUAACGCUGCACCCAAAGCACCUGGUCGUUCAGGAGGCCGACCUCCACCUGUCCCAUCGGUUGACUAUGAGCCACUGAACCUCAACACUCGCUCCCACGAUACCUACUCCAUGGUGAACAGGACCGGAUAGAAACAAGUCACCUGAAGGCAUCUGGUGAAGUCGGCGCUGAUGAAGGCAAACAUUAAAGAAGUCGUAGAUGCUUCAUGCUCCCAGCAGCAUGUACACACACAGGCUUUUGCAGCUUAGUCCAAUGUAGAUCACUGCAACUGCUCUGUUACAAAGUGUUUUUUUUUUUUUUUUAUCAUGAAUAUGAUGUUUUUUGGUUUUGUUGUUUAUGAUACAUUUGUGGUUGUUGAUUAGCUUCUUCCGUAAAGAUGACAAAUUAGUUAGAGAAUACGUUUUAGCACUGAUCUCACCGGGUUGUAGUGUGUUAUGUUGUUGAAUUGAUUUUUCAACCAACGUUUAAUGAAGAACAACGUGGGACUUAGUAGUUGACAGUACAUCCAUAUUUCUUUCAUGUUAAGGGGAAAACAAUAGAUACAUGCACAGGAUUAUGGCUUGAUUGGAUGAGAUGAUGAUUUUCAAUUCAUCCAUGAAAUGAACACGUGUGCGAAUUCAAACUAUCUAUCAAAAAGUGAGAGAACAUAAAUAUAGAGCAAGUAACUUUUUUUUUUUUUGUCGCUGUCCACUCUGUAAAGCCAAGUGAUCUUUGCCUGUUUAAGGGCACCGUGGAUACUUGAGCCCGUUUACACAGCAGACAUGAAAAAUAUGGGAGCCAGACCUUCAAACUAUACACAUGUAACCUUUAAAAUACUGUUUCAAACACAGCUACCUGCUCAUCCGAUCAAACUAUUUACGUGCCGGAGAGACAAACUGUGCUUUAUUUCGUUGCUCACGAGGCCUAUUCUUUCAUAAAGUGUGCUUUUAUUUACGAAUAUGAUGUUUUUAUGAUAUUUUUCUAUGAUAUAUUUUUGGUUGUUUUUCUGCUUCUGCUGUAAAGAUGAUAAAUCAGUGGUGUUAGCUAGCAGUGUGUUGUGUUACUGAAUAUCACCAAAGCUGUCAAACUAAAUGUAAAAAACCUCUGUAAGGGUAAAACUCAUGGGAAAGUUGCUGUGUAUCGUGUUGUGUAUCAAACUGCCAUUAAAAUUCAAACUAGUUACCUUAUAAAA